UAGCUGAAUUCUCCUCAAAUAGUCCCAAAUUUCUCUUUUCAUGUCAACUCGCCCAGCUUCUCUUUCAGAUCUUCUUUUACUUCGUCAGUUUUCUUCUACAAUUGAGCACCUCCAAACCCUACCCCUCUUUUUCUCUCUAUUAUCCUCUUCAAUUGAUCCAAGGUCAAUUCUUCACAAAUUUGCUGUCUUCAUUUUAUCUGUUAUGCAAUUGAUGAGAUCUGUUCAAUGCCACACUCAUUUUCUACUGUAUGCAUAAUGGUAAGAGAUCGAAGCCGUGAUGUUGAGUGUUGUAAGGCGCAAAGCUGCUACUGGCGCCUUGUCUGCUCUGAUUUUUGGGAAAUCAGUGCAUAAGAUAAGGCCAGCAGUGUCUACGAGAGUGUUCCCAGAAGAGAUCAUGCACUAUCCAAGAGGAUUUAAGCACGCUCGGACUUUCUAUCACCUUCCUUCAGCUGAAGGCUCAAUGAGUAUGAGUCCGAUAAGGGAAGUUGGCUAUCUUCAGCAUGAUGCCAACAUGCAAAUCUGGAGCAGGUCUUUCUGUUCCAGUGGUGAAGGCGAUCUUGUUGAAGCUGUUGUACCUCAUAUGGGUGAAUCUAUAACUGAUGGCACAUUGGCAGCUUUCUUGAAAAAACCUGGGGACAGAGUAGAAGUUGACGAGCCAAUUGCCCAGGUUGAAACAGAUAAGGUCACCAUUGAUGUUAAUAGUCCUGAAGCAGGUGUAAUCCAGAAGUUCAUAGCUAAGGAGGGAGAUACUGUGGAACCUGGCACAAAGAUUGCUGUCAUAUCGAAAUCUGGUGAAGGUGUAACUCAUGUUGCGCCAUCUGAUGAGAAGCCAUCUGAAAAAGCUGCUCCAUCACCAUUGCCUCCUGCUGAAGAGAAGGAGAAGCCAAAGCCUAAAGUCGAAACAACAUCCAUGGCAGAAAAGGCUAAGGAAUCGUCCUUACCACCUAAAUCUUCCGCUACAGAACCCCAGCUUCCUCCUAAAGAAAAGGAAAGACGAGUGCCUAUGACAAGGCUCAGAAAACGAGUUGCCGCGCGAUUGAAAGAUUCUCAAAACACAUUUGCGUUGUUGACAACAUUUAAUGAAGUCGAUAUGACAAAUUUGAUGAAACUUCGUUCUGAUUACAAGGACGCAUUCGUUGAAAAACAUGGAGUGAAGCUGGGACUUAUGUCUGGAUUUGUGAAAGCCGCUGUGAGUGCUCUCCAGAAUCAGCCAAUAGUUAAUGCCGUUAUUGACGGUGAUGAUAUCAUUUAUAGAGACUACGUAGAUAUCAGCAUAGCUGUUGGUACCCCAAAGGGUCUUGUUGUUCCAGUUCUUCGCAAUGCUGGUAGCAUGAAUUUUGCCGAGGUUGAAAAGGAGAUUAACACUCUUGCUAAGAAGGCAACUGAUGGCACUAUAUCAAUUGAUGAGAUGGCUGGAGGCACAUUUACCAUAUCCAAUGGUGGAGUCUAUGGAAGUCUUUUGAGUACUCCCAUCAUCAAUCCCCCUCAGUCUGCAAUCCUGGGGAUGCACUCGAUAGUGAAUCGUCCAAUGGUGGUUGGAGGUAAUAUAGUUCCAAGACCAAUGAUGUUCAUUGCACUGACAUAUGACCAUAGGCUGAUUGAUGGAAGAGAGGCAGUGUUCUUUCUGAGAAGGAUCAAAGACGUGGUGGAAGAUCCUCGUCGAUUGCUAUUGGAUAUAUAAUAUGCAGCAUCUUUUGCGUACUUUGCUAUAAUUUGCUCGAAUUCCUGAGCUAAACAAACAACCUUAAGUUUUCUUCAGAGGAUCAGAAUAAAUGAUAGAUAUUGACAGUUUUGUAAGUCUCUAAUAUUCAAUUGGACCGAGCUAUUUUGUGUUUCAGACAGCUAUUUCAAGGUUUUGAAACGAUCUCAUAAAAAAUAGGAGUAUCCAUAUUUAGUGUUUCCUAUUCUAGAAACUAUACGUGUGAUGAGCUCAGGGCAAAUAAAUUUUUUUUAACACUGUAUAUUUGGUACUUUGAAGUGAGUUAUAGUGCUUGUUUGGUU